UCCUCUCUUGGAGUGAAUCAAACGUUGUUUCUAUCAAAACUCCUUCUCUUCCAAGUUUUUCCCUCCCUCGCUUUCACACACAGCCCACGCACUACAAAGCGUAAUUCGCUGUGAUUUCUUAUCGAAUUAAGGAAAAUCGGGUGCAUGUCAUUUUCCCAGCAAAGAUUGAAAAAGAAAACCAAUAUUUUUUUUUAUAUCGAAUUUUCAAUUUUGGGUAGUGGGUUUUUUUUCCCAAAAUUUUAUAGGUGAGAAUAGAUUAUGAUUUUCUCUUUUUCAAGAAGAAUAUCUGGGCUUUUUUGGAUAGAGAAAAAGAUUGAAUUUUUGGGGGUUUAGCCGAAAUCCGACGGAGCCCGGCUUUUCCGGUGAUCAGAAAUCUUGUUGAAAGAUCGAAUUUUGGGAGAAAAUUCAAAUAAAAAAAGGGAAAAUUUGAUAGAGUUGCGGUUUAUGCUAAUGGUUUGUCCAAACGUCAAAGUGUAGUAAUCUUUUUUUAAGACCAAUUCUCUCUCUUCUCUCCUCACAUAGAAAGUGAAGGAAAAUCCCGUCAAUUUCUCUCUUCCUCUCCUCGUAAAAUCCUUUUGGUUUUUCCCUUCCUCUGUUUUUCAUCCUCUCUUCUCCUCUGUGCCAACGAGUUAGGAGAGAGAAUCACACCCAAAUUCUCUCUCUUAAUCCACCAUAUCUCGCCGUGUUGAAGGGAAAUCAUGUUGAUUGACAACAAGGUUUCAAUGCAGACCACAAACCUUGAAAGCUUCUUAAAUCGCACAACGCCCCUUGCCCCUUCCCAGUUUCUCUCAAAGAGUGAGGCAAGGAAGCUUAACAAGCUAUGGCAUCCAUGUGAAAGGGAGAAAGUUGACUACUUUGUUCUUGCUGAUCUUUGGAGUAGUUUUGAUGAAUGGAGUGCUUACGGAGCCGGAGUUCCAAUUGCCUCCGAUGACGGCCAGAAUCUGAUUCAAUACUUCGUGCCUUACCUCUCUGCAAUCCAGAUUUUCACCAGUAGUUCAUCUGCAAACUGCUUGAGGGAAGAGACUGAUUCCGUGAGCGAGACAAGGGACUCGUUUAGUGAUUCGUUCAGUGACGAGAGCGAGAGUGAGAAGUUGUCGAGGUGGGAUGGGUGCUCGUCCGAGGAGGGGAUAUGUGAGCAGGAUUUGUGGCAUCCGAAUGAUAGAUUGGGUAAUCUUUACCUUGAGUACUUUGAGAGAUCGUCUCCCUAUGGAAGGGUCCCUCUCACGGACAAGAUUAGUAGCUUAGCUCAAAGCCAUCGGGGAUUAAUGUCGUUAAGAAGUGUGGAUCUUUCACCGGCUAGUUGGAUGGCCAUCGCCUGGUACCCUAUCUAUCACAUUCCAACCGGUAGAACCAAUAGAGACUUGCAAACGUGUUUCCUCACGUACCACACCCUUUCCUCCUCGUUUCAAGACAUGGACUUGGGCGACGACAUAGACGAUUUGAAGAGGAAAAGAGAGGAAGGGAAAAGUAUCUCUCUCCCUCCAUUUGGUUUGGCAAGUUACAAGAUGCAAGGGGACGUGUGGCUUUCAGACGAGAACGGCCUUGACCGGGAGAGGAUGACGUCGCUCUUGAGCGUGGCCGAUUCUUGGCUAAAGCAAUUGAGGGUUCAACAUCACGACUUCAACUACUUCAUGGGAAUGCGGCAUGGCUAAUACACACCCUAACGUUGCCUUCUACAAAGCCCCCCACGAGAUAGGCCAUCGUGCUCCCGAAGCUGCAUUGUCGUUUCGAGCCAUUUUAGGACUAGUCUUUUUAAUGGUAUUUUAGGACAAGUGAGACUAACUUUGAAGGCUUUUUCUUUUCUUUUUUUUCGUUUUAUUUGUUUUAGUUUUGCAAGAGAAGGCUUGUGAUGAAGCAAAUGUAGGUGGGAGAAAGGUGAAACUAAUUUGUGAUUAUAUUUUCUGACUCGAUGUACACAAAGGGGUUGUGCUGAUGAACGAUUUUUUUUUUUCUUU